AUGGCUCCUCGUAAAUGGACAACAUCCAAGCAGGAGGUGUGGCUUGAACCGUGGUACCAAAAGUUCGCCGAAAAGCAGAGUGACAAGAGUAGAAACCACCAAAACUUCUUUGCGGACCUUUAUGAAAAAUGGUUCGAGGUGUUUCCAGAGCCUCGCCCAAAUAAUAUCACUGAAUUGGGGCCAUUAACACUGGGAGAAUAUGAUAGUGCAAUUCACACACGAAAAGCCAAAUUACAUAUGCAAUUCAAAAAUAAUUUUAGCGGGACAAAGGCAGGGCGACAAGCGAAAGCCAAUGCCAACGACGUCUUUGACGCUGUUGUGCGGAAGAUAACUGAAUGUGAAAAACCUACACGAAUGCUUCAGGAACACGAAGCUUAUUCCAAGUUGUACUAUGCUGAUCGUGUUCAGAAAUCCAUCCAAGAGACGCUCAAGGUUGCACAAGCAACACAAUCACUCACCAAUGGUCAGCGAGUAGCGCUAUUGAAAAAAGAGACCGCUACUCUGUAUGCAGGCGAGUCUGAGGAGAUCAAGGCUAAAGUGAGGGAGUACAUCCAUGCACAGAAGGAAGAGCGCGGUAAGGAAAAAGCCGAGCCUUGGAGUGAUGAAGAUCAGCAACAGAAUCUUACCAAACUGGCCACCAUUGUGAAUCAAUUCCUCAAAGGCCUCGCUGAUGCCACUGGUCUAUCCUUCAGCCUUCUCAGUUGGAGAGACUCAAAACUCGAGAGUCGAAAUGACACUCAGCUGGACAGCUUCCAUGUUGGAAUGACGAAGCUGGGCAAUAAUUUUAGUCAGGCUUACCCUAAAUUUGAGAGCGAGAUAGUGGGACCAUUCCGAGAUUAUCUGUAUCGUGUGUACCAAAGAUGGGGGGAGCAAGCAGCUCCAGAUCAUCAUGGGGAGACAGCUGUGUGCGAUGAGAAUCAAUCGUCAUAUCCUGUGAUGGAUGAGCUGUCCAAGCAGGAUAAAUCUUUGUCAGGCACGUUGGGAUCGCCGGAUAUAUCCGAGUUUCCUUCUUCGUCAAAUGCUCCCACACUAUCCUCUCCAGUGUCAACGCUGCCUUUCAGUUCUGAAAAUAUCAUCUCUGGCGACAAUCAACCAAACUGGCAGCUGGCCGACGAUGGGUUUGAUGACUUCCUAGAGACAUUGGCCCAGAAUCUGCCCAUGUCAACUGUUGACUACUUGAUGUCACAUGUUCCACCUUCGGCUGAGACACCUUCCGUUCCGGUUCCAGCUCUGAUUCACUUCCUAGUGGAUUCGCACAUCCCACCGCACACCUUCCUGGAAAUGAGGAGCCCAACAGCAACAGGCCAGACUGCACUCCCUCCAUCUUCGAUGGCAGAAGACCAUACAGAGGACUCGUCUCCUCCAUCCACCUCGUCCCACACUUCUGCUUCGGCAAAUGUUGUGAAUGAGGCUCAAGCGAAUGAGGUUCAAACAGCCGAGGUUCAAACAGUCAAGGGGGAUGACAACGGUGGACUCCGUAGAACAAGGCGUGCACACAUCCCAUCUACACGCAACAGCAUCGCCAACUCAAUCGGCAACAAUUGCAAGGAGAACGCACUAUUGAAUCUGGCUUCAAAACGCAGCCAUAACACUGAUUCAUCCGCUCGUGCGGGCCAGGCAAGCGAAGUAGACGGGUGGGCCGAGGUAGUUGGAUAUUAUGCAGAUGGGUGUAUUAAGGUAGAUGUGUAUGAGAUAGAUGGGUAG